AGUAAAAUUCGUCUGUCUCCUACAUUUGCUGAAUUUUCGUUAUAUUAAUAGCAAAGCUAACUUCUGCAUGGCACCUCUCCGGGUCCUGUGCAUUCAUGGUUACCGUCAAAACGGCAACUCGUUCCGUGACAAGACGGGAGCUCUGCGGAAACUGUUGAAGAAACAAGUGGAGCUUGUUUACCUCAGUGCACCGCUCAGUGUGCAGCAAGCCAGCAGUGAAGAAGCUCUAGAGAAGGAGAAUGGUUCAGGUCCUGGACCUGGAGGUGACGAGGAGCCCAAGGGUUGGUGGUUUUCUGACGUCCAAGCUCGGAGUUUCAGCGCUCACCAGCAGUGUGAGGAAAGCCUGGGGCUCAGCGAGAGCGUGACAGUUGUGAGAGAAGCAGUGAAGGUUCAAGGUCCGUUUGACGGGAUUCUGGGCUUUAGUCAGGGAGCAGCUUUUGUGGCCAUGCUGUGCUGGCUUCAGGAGCAAAAACUGGAGCCAGAGUUCAGCUUCCGCUUUGCCAUCCUUGUUGCUGGUUUCCGCAGCGCGUGUAAAGAACAUGAAAAAUUCUACAGCGCUCCCCUACAGAUCCCCUCUCUGCAUGUGUUUGGACUGGAGGACAGAGUCAUCCCUGACAACAUGAGCCGGGAGCUCCUGCCCUCCUUCCAAGACCCUCAGGUCCUGAUGCAUCCUGGUGGCCAUUUUGUUCCUGCCGCGUCUGCUCACAGACAAACCUACCAGGACUUUCUCAAGAGGUUCCAGUGAGAACGAACGUCAGGUGCUGGAUAAGUGAAGAGAUACAAUCCGUGAAUAAGGCUCACGUGCUGAAAUAUGGCCUGGGAAUUAUGUUUAUUUAAUGUUCAAAAAAAUAUUGUGGUAACAUCAUUGAUUCCAGAGUCAUGGCCUUUGUGCUCUGGAAGAUGUUUUUUCCCAUCCAAAACAGUACAGUGACUGCUGUCCUUCUCAGGGAAGAUGUCUUGUAACAGACAAUAAAUCAAGUGACAGUUGUAUAUUUAA